CUUCGUACCCGAUCUAUAAUUAUGGAAGCCCAAGGAGAAGGAAGAGCUUGCCCAGCUGAUCUUACUCAGUUCCGCAGCUGUGUUGCAAAACCCUGCUAUAGUUGGGUUCUUGGAGAAUGGUCCCCGUGCAGAGUUGAGGGUGGACAAUGUGGAGAUGGAAUCCAGGUACGAAACCUGCUGUGUAUGGUGCAUGAUGGCAUUUCGUCGUCAACAUUUAAGCAAGUUGAGAACACCCUGUGUGAAGAGCUUCCCCCUAAAGAGAAUUUGCUUCGACUUCCGUGUUCCGUCCCUUGUCCAGGUGACUGUCAUUUAUCCGAGUGGUCUGAGUGGAGCUCUUGUGAAUUAACGUGCAUCGAUGGCAGGAGCUUUGAGAGCAUGGGCCGUCAGUCUCGAUCAAGAACAUUUAUCAUUCAAUCUUUCGAAAAUCAAGACAGCUGCCCUGAACAAGAAUUGGAGACCAGGCCUUGCUCAGGAGGAAAAUGCUAUAAUUAUGUAUGGAAAACAAGUCUUUGGCAAGAUAAUGAACGAACAGUGUGGUGCCAGCGUUCUGAUAGGCUGAAUGUUACAGGGGGCUGCUCUCUGCAGCUACAGCCGGCUACAACCAGGCAUUGCAACCCAGCCUGCAAGAAACCCUUCUCAUUCUGUACACAGGGUGGCAUCUGUGGCUGUGAGAGAGGCUACACUGAAAUAAUGAGAUCAAAUGGCUUCCUGGAUUACUGCAUGAAAAUACCCGGUUUAGCAGAUAAGAAAGCUGAUGUUAAAACAAAUGCUGCCAAGCAUAAACCUAUCAAUUCCAAAAUGCAUGACAUUUUCAAAGGAUGGUCAAUUCAGCCUUUUAACCCAGAUGGAAAACUUAAAAUCUGGGUAUAUGGAGUAUCAGCUGGCGGAUUUCUCAUUAUAGUUUUCCUAAUCUUCACCUCCUAUCUUCUUUGCAAAAAACCAAAACAGCCACAACAUACUCCUCCUCCGCCGAAGUGUCUGACUUUAGCCUACGAUGGAGAUGUUGAUAUGUAAGAUGGAAACUACCACCCAAAUGUAGACAUUGACUGCCUUAACCGCUGUCCCCCACCCCACCCCCGCCUCUUUUGAUACAAGAUUCCAGCUGAUGAGUUUUUGGGUUUUAUUAUUUUUUUCUUUGGGAGAAUCUGGCAUCUGAUAUACCGGUAAUUCGGCAGAAUCUUAACUUCCAAACUUGACCGG